AUGCCCAGCACGCAGACACGGCCGACGGAUGCACACGCAGGCGGGAAAACGGGUUCAUGGGCAGGCGAGCGGGCGGACGAGCGGGAGGGGCAGGCGGACGAGCGGAGGGAGACGAGUGGGUGGGCGAGUAGAAGAGAAGGUGAGCGGGAAACGAGAGGGAAAGCAGCGGGCGGGCCGCGGGUACAGAGUGCGGAUGAGCAUUACACGCACGGCGACCGCGAGCGUGCAGGGCGAAUGCCCAGCACGCAAGCACGGCCGACGAACAGAAGGCGGGCGC